AUGGGUCACGACGAGAAAAAAGGAACAAUUGUUCUCGAUAACUUCAACUCGACAGCGAAUCUAGCAACGAAUCCCGGAUUUCAAUCGACGCUUAGCCUCGGCUCUAAGGAAGUCAUCAAUGAAAAAGAAUACAAUCCUUUCGAACACCGUCAAGUGGAACACCCUAAUUCAUCACUCGGUUCCCUAGUUCAUCUCCUGAAGUCUUCGCUCGGCUCUGGCAUCCUGGCGAUGCCCGCCGCCUUCAGGAACGCGGGUCUAGCAGUCGGCGCAUUCGGAACAAUCAUUGUCGGAUUUAUUUGUACACAUUGUGUUUAUGUACUGGUGAAAACAUCGCAAGAAGUAUGUGUCGCGGCGAAGAAGCCUUCAAUGGGAUUCGCUGAGACAUGCGGCGCUGCGUUUGAAUUCGGACCAAGGAGAUUACGACCGUGGGCCAAUUUUGCAAGAACGUUUAUUGACUACACACUCACUGCCACAUACCUGGCGGCGCUGUGUGUAUAUGUCGUAUUCAUUGCUGAGAACUUCAAGGAGGUUUUAGAUGAAUACAAUCCUGAUUACAAGCUCUCUGUGGAAGCAUACUGUGCUCUAACAUUAGUGCCGCUCGUUAUGAUAUGCCAGAUACGGAAUCUUAAGUGGCUAGUUCCAUUUUCCGCUCUCGCCAAUGUUUUCCUCGUCGUGUGCUUCGGAAUCACCAUGUACUACAUCUUUAGCGAUCUGCCCAAUCCAGCUGACAGGCAAAUGGUUGCUGCUGUGACCCAUUGGCCUCUUUUUAUCAGUACGGUGAUCUUCGCUAUGGAAGGCAUCGGUGUGGUAAUGCCGGUUGAGAAUGAAAUGGCAAAGCCUCAGCAAUUUUUGGGAUGUCCUGGAGUACUCAACAUAGCUAUGACUAUCGUUGUGUCCUUGUAUGGCCUAGUUGGAUUCUUCGGUUACAUUAAGUUUGGCGAUGCUGUCAGAGGCAGCGUUACCCUCAAUCUUCCACAAGAUGAGAUACUAGCACAAAGCGCGAAAGUGUUGAUGGCCCUCUCGAUCCUGUUAACGUACAGUCUCCAAUUCUACGUUCCAAUGGAGAUGAUUUGGCGAAAGAUUAACCAGAAAGUUGCUGUACGAUACCAAGGGAUAGCACAGAUAGGAAUUAGAACUGCCAUUGUUGUUGGAACUGUCGCCAUUGCCGCCUCAUUUCCUGAUCUCGAACUCUUCAUUAAUUUGAGCGGCGCCAUCUUUCUCUCAAGUCUUGGCCUCCUCACACCAGCCAUCGUAGACACCGUCCACAAUUGGGAACGUGGUCUUGGAAGAUUCAACUGGAUUAUCUAUAAGAAUAUCAUCAUUGCCAUCAUUUCUCUAGUAGCUCUCUUUGCUGGUUCCUAUGUAUCUAUACAAGGUAUUGUCGAAAAAUUUAAUUCUAGACCCGCGAUAAUUGCUAACAUGACAAAUAUAAACACGUGAAUUGAUUGACGAACAAAAUCACGGUAACUACAAAAUAAUGUGAUAUUACAGACAAUAUAUUAUGUGAUAAAUUUUUAUAUAAGCCUCGAAAAUAGUACAUACAUCACUGAAGUUUUUUUUACAUAAUAACGCGUGAAGUUAUAACAAAAUUUGUAAAUAUUUUACGUUAAAAUUAAUUUAAGAUGAAAUAAAUGGUGAUACAUUUUUAAUAUGAUGAAAGACAAAUGAUAUUUGGUGACGUUGUUUUUGAUAACUUCUUUUAUGAUUAAUUUAAAUUUAAUUUACCAGUAAUACUUUUAUAGGAGCUAGUUCUUAGUACACGUAAAUAAAUAAUAUUAUAGGUAUUAUAAUACAACAACUUUUUCGAAUUUUACCGCGGUUUAUUAGGUUUUUCAAUCUUAAAUUCCUCCCGUGACCAUGGUUGCUGUAAAAAAUCCGAAACUUCAGGCAUUCAAUAAACUUAAUAAACCGCGAUAAAAUCCAAAAAAGUUUUUUUCAUUUUAGCUACCGUAAAUUGUAUAUCUUGUGACUGAAAAGAGUGAAAUAUAAAAUGUUAAAACUUAAGACAAUACUUAAGAAAACUACAUUUUGACUUAAUCAUCUUAUGUCGGUAUAUACAAUAGGUUUUUAAUGUAACUUUUGCUUCCUAACGGUACAAUACAUAGGUAUGUUUUUAGCCUAAUAAAGCCCCAGUACAAAUAAGUUUUUGAAAAUUGUGAACUACAAACAAAAAGGAAAACUUUGUGUCAUUAUGUACGAUGAUAGUAAAUCAAUAUCUGGAAAUAAAUUAAUAGUAUUAUUAUUCAAUUAUAAUUUUGAACAAGGACCUUUUUUUAGAAAUUUAAAAUAAGGUAUAAAGGUUUUUACUAACAAAAUAUUCCAUAAACGUAAGUUAACAAUUAAUAACACCAAUCUUUAGUUAUAUAAUGUAUUAUUAAAGUUUUGAACAUUCCAGUUCUAAGUUAACCCUUACGUUCCAAGUGCGCUUACAAAAUUACAAUGCAGUGACUCAAAACUAAUUUUAGUUCUAAGAUUUUUUGAUAGAUGGCGCUAUCUGUAUUUUACGUCGUUAAGUCUUAUACAAUUUGGUGGUUGCACCCCUUAGAAGUAUAGUUAGUGCACAAGGUUUUUUUUAUGAUUUACAUACCUUGUUGUAUCCGUCGUUUUUAACCUGUCAAACGUGGGUGUGAUAUAAUUACAAAUGUGAUAUUUAAGUUAGGAAAAUGUAAUUAAAUAAACGGCCCCAGUAUUGUUUGUGAUGAUUUUAGUAUCCCAUCCUUUGAAAAGUGUUUUAUAAAAAUAAAAAUAAAUACUAAUAUUAUCCUAAAA